AUGUAUUCUCAAAGCCUAAAGAUUAACUACAACACAAGUGAAUCGUUCACCUCAUCCGACUUCCAACAGGAAAAAACAGGGAAGACCAGCGUGCCGCAGAUAUUCUUUAACGAGACGUAUGUGGGAGGAAAUGCCGAGCUGCAAGACAUCCUAAGAGACGAGACGGAGUGGCAGAAGCUACUGACAGACAUCCAGGAGAAUAAAGCCAAAGAGGACGAGCUCAUUAUCCCUCACCCUUCCGAGGCCGUUGAAAUAGAAGAGGAUGUAGCUGCAACAUUUACCUGUGAAGAUGAUCCUGCAGCUGCCAUCUUCGAGGACCUAAAGAUUUCUGGGAUUCCGCAUGACCAGCGCAUGUCGUUCUUUUCGACAGCCAAGGAUGCAUUCUCGGGACAAGAUUUUGUAAAAUGGAUUAUAGAACACAAGAGCCUGAGCGAAGAGGAAGCUGUAAAAACAGGAUCAGAAUUGCUUGAGAAGAAAUACAUCAAAGGGGUACAAGACAACACCACAUCUUUCUCAAAUGAUGCCAAAGCCAUAUACAGGUUGACAGAUGGCCGAGAGUCCACUGCACUUAACGCAGGACCGACACAAAACUGCUUGAUUGAGAAUGCCAGUGAUUUCUCAGAAACACUUAGGAAGUUGAUUAUUCGUCUCUACAAUGACCACAUAUCAACAAGUGGCAAGGUAAAUAUAGUGAUAAUAGGAAAAAGUAUCAGAAGCCAUACUACAAGGACAUAGUCUCGAGAACUGCAACGCGUCCCUGUGGAGAAGCUGGACCAGGAUGGCAGGAAAGCCUUCUUCAUCAACAUCUACAAUGCUUUGGUCAUCCACUCCACCGUUGAAAAUGGGCCUCCGACAAACUGGCUUUCCCGACUGAAGUUCUUCGAUAAAACAUCCUACAUCAUUGGCGGACACAGUUAUAGUCUCAACGAAAUUGAAAACGGAGUCCUGAGAGCAAAUAAACGUGGUCUGGUCCAGCUUUUCGCACCUUUUGGCAAGAAUGACCCUCGUCGAAAUAUCAGUCUCAUUCAGGUGGAUCCUAGAAUUCACUUUGCCCUUAAUUGUGGAGCAAAGAGUUGCCCUCCCAUAAAAAUAUUUAGUGGAAAGAACAUCAACGAUGAACUACGCAUCGCUACAGAAGCCUACUUGGAGUCUGAUGAAGCCCUGAAAGUAGAGGAGGACCGAGGUGUUGUCCACCUGUCGUCACUCUUGCGCUGGUACUCCUCCGACUUUGGGGACACCACUGAAGACAUCUUAAACUGGGUCCACCGCAAUGUGGCUUUCCCGGAAAAGAAGGAAGCUCUCCAGAAGGUGAUCGAGUCGAAGAAGUGGAAAGUGCAGUACAUCCCUUAUGAAUGGGGAACAAAUGAAAAUGAUGUCUAAAGAGGGUUGUUGCAUAAUGGUGCUGUUUGUUGCAUUUUGGGUUUGAUACCUAAUGAUAGUUUUCUUGUUUUUGUUGUUGUUUCUGUAUUUGUUUGUCUACCUUAGUUUUAUUUUUACCCACAAGGUCACCUCUGGCAUAUACUCACAUCUUCUGUUGGUGAUAUGCUACCUUGUCUUUUUUGUUUUUUACAUGUGUAAGAAGGAAAGUUUUCACAUACAGAUACUUUUUACUCUUGAAAUCAUUGUAUUUGAUUCAGUAGUUAAUCACAGAGGCAAGUCCUAUUGACAUUUAUCUCACAAAUCUUCAAUCGUUUGGGUAAAUACCAGUGCUAUUCAUCAAAUUAUUUUCCAUAGGGUUGGUAUUGCCUCACUUUGCUCAUUCUAUAAGCUAUGGCAAUUGUCAAAAUGAUAUUAUCAAGGCCAAAUGUAGUUAGGCCUUCGCUUGGAACAAAUAUAUGAAAACACGAAUAUAUGCAGAUGCAAGAAGGAAAAAAAUAGUAGUAAUAAGGAAUUGAGAAUGUAUUAAGCUUGCUUUUUAAGAUACUUGUUGUAUGUGAAAUUAUAUAAAAGGGAAAUGAUUGCACACCUCACACUAAAAAUAAGCCGCAUAAGCACUUUUUCUCCUGAGGCAGAUACCAUCGUAAAAGCCAAGUAAGUGUGCAUGAAUUAACUUGAAUUAUUAGCAGUGGUGUAACCAUGGAAGGGAGUGGGACAAGAUUUACGAUUUGUAAACUUCAUAUUUAAAGUAGAACAGUUUGCCAAUAACUUCUAAAAAUCAUUAUUUAAGCACAAAGGCAAACAUUAUAGUCAUUUGAGGUAAAGUAGAAGCAUCAGUGCUCAUGUGUAGUGAUGCUGAUAAUACUCAGACUUGAUACCUGUAAGAUACUUCUGCAUGACAUUAUUUAUUGCGAUUUUCCAUAAUCUCAUUCACUUACUAGGAGUUUAGCAGUUUUUGUGCUAUGAUACUUUUUUUUCUUGUUUCCUCCUGAUGCAUGAGAAGUAUUAUUAUUGGAAAUCAUCAGCGGAGUGAAACAUUAAAAAGAAAAUACAUGUACUCUUUGCAUGUAUUGGGGUGCUAAGACUGUGAUCUUUUAUAGUAUUAAUGUUGUUUACACAUCAAAGCUUCCAUCAGAUUUUUUUUUCUUUCUUUCCUAAUUCAUCAGUGAUGGUAUUGAAAAUCUCUCGGUGUCAUAGACUCCGGUGAUUUCUGGCAACCAUCCUGCUGUUGGGAGUGGAAGUCCAUUAAAUGUAAUGGAACUUCCCGCUUGACGUGCUCUAGCUCAUCACCAUGCAUAUAGCCAUACCCGGCAGAUCAAACGAAUUGUUAUGACAGCAGUAAUGGGUUAAGGGCACAGAAGUGGCUUAGUUCAUUAAAUUUACUGAAAAGAAAUUAUUGCUGUUUAACUCGGAUCUCACUGCUUCGUUCCCAUUCAUGGAUGAGAAUCUGAGCAUUAGGCUUACUUUUGUGGCCACUCUCCAAGGUUUGUUGUUUGUGGGCCUGGCCCAUACUCACAUUCAUGCCUGGUAUUAAGACUGCUUACCUGCUUUUUGCAUUAUUAUUAACUAUUUUUCUGUAGAUAUGUUCUUGUUGUUUUGCCAUUUUCUGAGGUCUGUAUUUGUCACUUGUUAUACUGUAUGAAGACGGUGGUAACAGAAAAUUUUUGUUGUACAAUAUCCAUAUUAUCCGUCCAGGUAGUUUACAAUAUGUAACAUGUAAUCUUGUGUGUUAUUUACAUUAUAUAAAAAUAUUCUUGUAAUGUCUGAUAUUCAGUGAUAUAACCUGCACUGGCAUUAAUGGCAGGCAAGAAUUGGUUCCUGUGAAUGAACAUUAUACCAUCCCUGGAAAUGGCCCUCUCCCUGGCACAGCUCACAGAUGGUGCACUCCACCCUCAUGGAGCAUACCCUCAUGAAUCAGGCUUUCAGGAAUCCCUUCCUGAAAGGCUGCAGAGUCGAUCUCCCUCCAAAUGCUUUGCACAUUCAUGAUCUGUCCCUUAUCCAAAUUUUUCUGUGACAAGACAUGUCACCUGCCCUUUGGCUAAACUUUUUCAUGACAAGACACCCCCCUCACCAGGAUCUACCCAGGCUAAUGGGUCAAAUCAGGUACAUUCUUAUAGAUACUUUUAUUGUACGUGAGUGUAAAUACUGUAUAUUAUGACAGUGACUCACAGCACUCAUCCGUCCCAUCCUCUCCGCAGAUCUUGUGAGGAUUUUCCGGUUUUUUAUAUACUUGCAUGUUUUUUUAUAGAAAUAGGUUUAGGUGAUUUCUUUUUCCCUCUUAUAUUAACUGAGCCGCCUGGUGAAAGCUUUUGUUUCUGCAUGCAUUAUUGCUUAUGCAUUUUAAAUAUUUAUUAUGUAAUUAAAAUAGGUUUAUCUUUGUGGAUGAAUAAUUUUUUAAAAUGUAAUAAUAAUCAGCUUUUGUCACAAUCAGUGCAGUUAUAAUAUUACAUAUUUUCUGAGAAAGUUAGGAACCACAAAGUGCACCAUAUUUCUUUCCCAGUAGUUGACCAAAUAGCUUAGGAAAAUAACAUUUUGCUGCAAUUGUUCUUCUGGCCACAGAUUAUAAUGCACACGUAUAAAUGAUGUUAGAGAGCUGCUUAGAAAUUCCAUGAAAGUCUUAACAGCAUAUUAAUAAAAUGUGAAUCUAUUUGGUUUUCAAAAUGCAUAGUUAUGCACAAAGCCACCAUAGAGAGCUGGUAAUGAAGUUCCUGUAUGAUUUUUUUUCAUUGCAGCACACCAUUUGAUUUUUUACUUUAAAAUUUUCAUUCUAUUACAUCUAACUGCAAUUCAUGUAUAUAAAUUCUUUGCACAUUCUGCUUAUUAGUCUAGAAACUGGAGAUAUACCACUAUGAACACAAAUACAAACGAAGGUAUGUGCACUCAAAGACAAAAGGAAACACAACUGCACUAAAAAUUGAGAAUGAGCACAUAUCAAACUCACCAGCACUUCCUCAUCAGACAGGUCGGUUAAGUUUAUAUAUUUUGAUCAUCUGAUGAACAGCUCUUGAUGAGUACAGAUCGUUUCGUUCAUUUUUUAUUUUUAUUGUGGCUGGUUCCAUUUAUAUGCUAAUAUCAAGGCAUAGGGCAAUUCUUAUAUUAACCCCUUCCCAACAGGUAGUAUUCAUAGUGGCCCGGGUCCCGCUGCCAGGGGCUCAUAUCGUCACCCUAGCAUGCGCGACCGCUCAUGCCCAAUACCAGCAUCCCUUGCCUUUUCUUCGUAAU